AUGCCUCGCUCACUGCUUGUGUUACUGCUAAGCUUUGCUUGUCUGUUAAUUGAACCGGUGGUAGGCUUGGCCGCAUGGUGGACUCUGUCGCCUGAUGGUUUUACUACACCACACUUUGCAUACCAAGAUCCCAAAUCUGGGGAUAUCCUACAUAGCUCUUGCAACAGCAAUACGUCGGCAGCAUUUUCACCAGAUAAAGCGAACAUAUUUCCCAUUAAAGAGAACAUAGCCUUCAAGAGUCAGCCAAAGUUUUCGACGCCGCUCGCAGUCACAGGAUGGUGGGACAACGACCUUAAUACGCCAAUAGCCUCUGUUUUCUACCAGGGAAUUGACAACUCAAUCAUGAAUGCAUUAUUUAAAUGCGAUAACAAGACUGGCAACUAUACGUUCGACGCACAAAGUGAUAACGUCGUGUCUGAAUUAGCUGGCACACCUUCAGUAUACAAAGAGACUGAGCUUGCGAUUGUCAAGGUAGGAGGGUCAGGCUUUCGACUUCAUUACCAUGACGAGGGCCGAUUGGUAAAUCUCUUGUCGUCCAAAAAUGGGACAGAUUGGCAAUACAGUGGUCCAGUAUCGCGAUACCGGUCAAGGGGCACAGCUAUGGCUGCUGUCUACACAGGAAGCACCAAUUCUUCUAUAGUCUGGGCUCAUACUGAAGUAAAUCUUAAUGUGGCCCGCUUCAACAAUGAUAGCAAAGACAAAUGGAGUAUAAAGCAGUUCCCGGAAGCCUUUCAUGAGUCGACGGUUACAAACAAUAGUGACCCGAAAACGGAUUUCUUUAUAGGGAAAACAGGACCGCCAUUACUGUAUUUAACCGGAAACUUCGCCAACCUUAGUCUCACAGCCAACUCAAACAAUGAAUUGUCCUUGUUCUAUAUUGGUGAAGAUACCUCGUUACACGAGUAUCUGGGAGCUGACGACGGUUGGAAGAAGCAAACCCAUCCAGGAGCAAGAAUAUGGCCUGAAGCCGAUCAUGAGUUUGGGCGACUAGCUACCGCCUCUCCUCCAGAUUCUGAUGAGAUGUGGGUAUACUAUACAGGUAAAUCCGACGUUGUAGAGUUACACAAAGACAAGAGGGGAAUAUGGAGCAAUGCCAAGAUGCCAUCGUUAACGACCGCAACCAACGUCAAAUACACUCCGCCAGACACGGACAGAAGCCCUAGGGAAAAAGAGACCGAAACUGCUACUGACGAGAAGUCAGCUAAGCCCUCUUCAGGCCCAGGCCUGGCAACUGGAGUCCAAGUCGGUAUUGGUGUCGGAGUGGGCAUUGGAGUGAUAGCCCUUGUUGUUGCUAUGUGGUUCUUCCUCAAGAAUAGGCGCCGAACCACAGUUCCUGCCGAGGGGCAUCAGCCACCUGAAUUGCAGGACACUGGGAAGUCCGAGCUAUCAGACACGGCCAAGUUUGAGUUACCGGAUACUGCCAAGCAUGAGUUAUCCGAUACAUCAAGAUUCUAG